ACUACCUCUCCCUUGGGCCUCGUGGGCGCCGCGCGCGCACCGCUCUAGGCCUGCUUCCGCCGCUGCCUCCGCCUCCUGCUUGUGGUGCCGCCGUGGACUGGCCGCGCCGCGCCUCGGAGCGAAAAGAAGCAGGCCGCGCCCGCCCGCCCCGGCGAUCUGUGGAGGAGACAACAGUGCCGGAUGAUCCUUGAGUUUUGUGAAAGCAGAAGCUACUUUCAAGUAAGGUGUAAGUGAAAAGAGUAUCAAAGAUGUCAAAAACCAAUAAAUCGAAAUCAGGGUCCCGUUCCUCUCAUUCAAGAUCUGGAUCACGGUCUCGGUCCCGAUCUUUCUCAAAGUCCCGGUCCCGGUCCCGGUCUGUUUCACGGUCAAGAAAACGCAGGCUCAGUUCUAGGUCCCGUUCGAGAUCCUAUUCUCCAUCUCACAACAGGGAGAGAAACCACCCACGAAUAUACCAGAACCGGGAUUUCCGAGGGCAUAACAGAGGGUAUCGGAGGCCUUAUUAUUUCCGUGGAAGGAAUAGAGGGUUCUACCCAUGGGGCCAGUAUAACCGAGGCGGCUAUGGAAAUUACAGGUCCAACUGGCAAAACUACCGGCAGUCCUAUAGCCCUCGUAGGGGCCGCUCCCGUUCUCGGUCACCCAAGAGGAGGUCUCCGUCUCCAAGGUCUAGAAGCCAUUCUAGAAAUUCUGACAAGUCGUCGUCUGACCGGUCGAGGAGAUCGUCGUCCUCUCGGUCCUCCUCUAAUCACAGUAGAGCGGAGUCUUCCAAGCGUCGGUCACUGAAGGAAAAGAAGUCCUCUUCCAAGGAUGCCCGGGGGUCUCAGGCUGCUGGGGACAACCAAGGCGAUGAUGCCAAGGAACAGCCCUUCUCGGGAGGAACUGCCCAGGAUGCCAAAUCCUCGGAGGGAUCAAAGCCCUGGCAAGACGUGGGCACUUACGGCACGAGUUCAGCAUCCAGGGCCUCUGCUGUGUCCGAGUUGAGUCCAAAGGAGCGCAGCCCAGCGCUCAAGAGCCCUCUUCAGUCUGUUGUUGUGAGGCGUCGUUCCCCCAGGCCAAGUCCACUUCAGAAGCCCAGUCCAACGGCUUCCAACCCUGCACAGCUGGGCUCAGCUCUGCAGAGUGGCAGCUCCUUCCAAACAGGCUCACAUCAGUUUGAGCAUAGCUUAGCAGGCCUGAGCCCAACGAGGAAGAGCCCCGUGUGCAAAAGCCCCACCACAAUCAGUUCUAUGUAUGGGGCUUCUUCUCAGAAGGAGGAAAUGGGGGCAGCCUUCUCUAAGAGGUACUUGGAAGAACAAAAGUCUGAGAAUGGGAAAGAUAAAGAGCAGAAACUGAUGAAUGCAGAUAAGGAAAAAAUGAAAGAGAAGGGAAGCUUCUCAGAGAUGGGGUUAGCGGAUGGUAAGACCAAAUCUGAUCCUUAUGCCUCCAAAGCUGACCCAGAAAAGGUCUAUCGUGGCAGUCAGUCCCCAAAGCGCUAUAAGCUCCGCGAUGACUUUGAGAAGAAGAUGGCAGAAUUCCACAAGGAGAGCCACUAUGGCAAAGAGGAGGUGGAUGAACCAGAAAAGAAAGCUAAGGGCAAAGGGCGGAAGGAAUCCAACUUUGAGGAGGAUGAGGAGGAUGAGCCCAAGUUCCUGUCCAAGACAGUGUCUGCUUCCAGCAAAAACCAGGAGGAAGAUCGGACAGGCAAGUGGGAAGGCCUAGUAUUUCUGCCUGCAGCCAAAGAGAAACAGAGAAAAGCUGAGGAGAUGGAGGAGGAAUCCUAUGCCGAGCAGUCUAAGAAAGAGGAGAGGCAGGCGGCCAAGAGAGCAGAAGCUGGUCACAGAGGCUUCAUUCCAGAGAAGAAUUUCCGAGUGACCACUUACAAAGCCAGCCAAGACAAGAGUGCUGCUGCUACUGCUGCUCCUUCACGAAAGGCCUCUGAUGGCAGAGAGAAGCUGAGCACACGCACAGAGAGCCUGGCCACUGGCAAGUCCUCCUUUUCCAUCACUCGGGAAACCCAAGUCAACCUCCGGAUGGAUUCUUUCGACGAGGAUCUUGCACGCCCCAGUGGGAUUUUGGCCCAGGAGCGCAAGCUGUGUCGUGACCUGGUGCACAGCAACAAGAAGGAGCAGGAGUUCCGCUCCAUUUUCCAUCACAUCCAAUCAGCCCAGUCUCAGCGGAGUCCCUCGGAGCUGUUUGCUCAGCACAUUGUGACCAUUGUCCACCACGUGAAAGAACAUCACUUUGGGGCUUCGGGAAUGACACUGAAUGAACGCUUUACAAAGUACCUCAAGCGAGCAGAGCAGGAAUCGGCUAAGAACAAAAGUCCCGAGAUCCACAGGAGGAUAGACAUUUCUCCAAGUUCUUUUAGAAAACAUGGAUUCUCACAAGAGGAAAUCAAAAGUUCCAAGGAAUCCAGCUACAAGGCAGAUAGCAAAUACAAAGAUGACCCAGUUGACCUGCGCCUUGACAUUGAACGGCGUAAAAAGCAUAAGGAGAAAGAUAAGCGCGGCAAGUCAAGGGAAUCCGUGGACUCCAGACCCUCCAGUCAUUCACGUGAGAGAUCAACAGAGAAAACUGAGAGGUCCCACAAAGGAUCCAAAAAAAAAAAGCACCGACACGUGCGAGAGCGGUCCCGGUCCAGCUCUUCGUCCUCACAGUCCUCGCGCUCCUAUAAAGCAGAAGAAUACCCUGAGGAGACUGAAGAGCGGGAGGAGGAGGCGGCGGCAGCAGCGGCCGCCGCCCCUGGCUUUGACAAGUCCCGUCUCGGCACCAAGGAGUUUGCUGGCCCAGGCGAGAGGGGCCGAGCGCGGGGGGCCUUUCAGCAGUUCCGGGCCAGGGGCCGUGGCUGGGGAAGAGGCACCUUCUCUGGCAACAGCAACAAUAACAAUAGCAGCGGCAGCGCUGACUUCCAGAAGCGAACCAGGGAGGAGGAGUGGGACCCCGAGUACACACCCAAGAGCAAAAAGUACUACUUGCAUGACGACCGUGAGGGUGAAGGUGGUGAGAAGUGGGCAAGCAGAGGCCCCCGAGGCCGGGGCAUCUUCCCCCGAGGCCGGGGCCGUUUCCUGUACCGGAAAUCAAGCACCAGCCCCAAAUGGGCCCACGACAAAUUUAGUGGCGAGGAGGGAGAGAUUGAGGACGACGAGAGCGGAGCCGAGACCAGAGAGGAGAAGGAGGUCCUUCAGUCGGUGGUAGAAUAGCCGCUUGGAGCCUGAAGCGAUCGCCUCUCUCCGCUUGGACUGACAUUGGCCCUUCUUGACUAGUUGAAUGUGCUUCUUCUGUGUUUGGGUUUUGGUUUUUUGGUGACCCUUGGAGGACGAUGUAGAGUGAGUUUCUCCCCAAUACUCCUGACAUCCCCCCCCAUGUGAUGAUAAAGAUAGAUAAUUAAUUCUCCAUUUUGUUUUUUCACCUUUCUCCUUUCUGUGGAUUUUAAAAAACAAUCCUUUAUUUUAAGUGUGUGUGUGUGUGUGUGUGUGUGUGUGUACCAAUAUAUCCAUCCCUCUUUCAGAGGAUUAAUUUCAGAAAGCCUUCCUGGUUCUUAUAUAUCCAAGCAGAACAAUGCAUGUGAAUAAACACCUGAAUAUAAACUGUUGGGACCAAAUUCUGUAGUAGUAAUUGGAAGGAACUUUCUUCUCUCCUCUCACACACACAAAUUUGAACUCUUUUCAUUUUAAGAAAUGUUUCUUCUUCUUUUUCUUUUGGAGCUGAAGCUUUCAAAUUGGCAUGCUGCAGGUUGAGGAAACACACCCCUCCCCUCAAAACGCAGGACUGCUCUUGGCUGACGUUAGCCGCAUCUCGGCAUCCCACUCACUUGAGGCUUCUUGCAUCCCCCGCCCCCCACCUGCCUCCAGUUGUGAAUCUGAACACACUUUUCAGGGUCGCAUAGUUUUCUAAGAACUGUCCAAAUAUAUACUAGGUUUAAAAACAACCUGUAGCAUGAAGAAUUAGGAUUAUUUCCAGUAUUUUUAUUAAUCUUUUUAUAAAGCAACUCUGACUCGCUUUUGUGAUGGUCAUGGUAAGUUGCCACCAGUUGGUUUUGUGUUUCUCUUCAGCUUGGAACUGGCAGCAUCUGGCCAGCUACAGAGAAGUCCGUCCCUUGAAAAGCCUGACUUUGUGGAGCUUCUCUUCCCUCCCCUUCUCCCUCCACCUUCCCCCCCCCCCCCUGCUCAUUUUGUGGAAAUGACACAGUUCUUGCUUAGCAAAGCCCACAAGUUUUUGUUUUGACUCCUUGUUGAAAUAAAAUUAAGUUGAAAUGAA